CAGCGUCGUGCAUUCACAUCCAACCACCAUCCAUCAUCUCUCGCCCGACCUACAACGGCAUUUGCCUUCUCUGGGGGGCCGCUGACAUAGGCCAAUUUCCAUUCUGGCCCCUGCAUCGCGUGCUGCAUCACUCUUCGAGCAGCUAUAACGGUCAUUGCCAUUCUUACUGCUGUCGAAACAAGCCGUGGACAACAUUGGCAGGCAUGCUUGCGGCGCAACCUCAUCCAAGGGUCUUCGGACGCGUCUUGCGCGCCGCGCCGUGGGCAUCUUUACGGCGCCAACUUCAGAGUCAAAUUCUACCAAAUCAUCUGAUACCACGCGCAUCUCUCGAGUUGUGCCAUUCUCGUCGUUGGGUGCUGUGUGCUCCUCGCACCCUCGCAACCUCGCAUUCUUCAAACAACACCGAUGUCGACAGCAAUCAAUUUGCAGGAGUCGUCUUCUCCGCCAAGCAACCGUCCGACCUACCCAAGCGUCUGACGAAGCUCUCUAAUUGGAAGCUGUCGCCAUCAAAUAAAGGCAUCACGCGUCAAUUUACAUUCCCGGGUUUUGCUUCGGCGUGGCGCUUUAUGUCAAUUGUUGCGGAUGAAUGCAAGGUCAAGCGACACCAUCCGUCCUGGCAUAAUUUGUACUCCCAAGUAACCAUCGAAUGGACUACCCACAAACCGGAGGGGCUCAGCAUCAAGGAUGUCGAGAUGGCCGAAUUCUGUGACCAGACUGCUGACGAAAUUGGUCUCAAGAAGUGAACCAGAAGUCUGUCUUAAUGAAAUUCAUACAUUACAAGCUGACAGGAUCGACUGAACGAUGCGUCAAUACGGAUGAGGCGUCCCCUACAGAUUAUGCAUGCCAACAAUAGCCAGGUGUUUUGUUCGAACGUAUGCGAUGAUGCUGCAUUAUUGA